GACCGAGCGAUAAGUCGGUUAACGUUAACGAGAGGCAGCCGCUAACGACUUCCUGCUGGACCGCACAAACCGGGGAGUCGGAGAGAGAAACAGAAACAGAAACCAUGGAAAAUAUCCGAGGGCAGUCACGAAAUAACCGCGCAGGAUCCAGCUCGUUCGCCGACGUGCCGCUGGAACAAGGAUUAUAACCGUUGACGAUAAAACUACACAGCACUUCGGGCUCGUAUUUCUCCAUCUCCACCAUUUUGGUUGUCAGUGAUGGAGCACAUCCGGACGCCCAAGGUGGAAAAUGUGCGUCUUCUGGACCGGUCGUCCGGCCAGAGGAAGGUCAGCGUUGGAACUCUCUACCUCUCUGCCACACACACCAUCUUUGUGGAGAACAACCCAGAGACACGCAAGGAGACGUGGGUGUUACACAGCAUGGUGAGCAGUGUGGAGAGGCCACCCACCACGCCUGCAGGAAGUCAGCUGAUCCUGCGUUGUAAGGACUUCCGGGUCAUCCAGCUCCUCAUCCCACAGGAGAGAGACUGUAUGGACAUCCACGCCUCACUGGCCAGGCUGUCACGACCAGAGAAGUACAGUGAGCUGUACUGUCUGUCCUUCAAUCCCAAUGUGAACAAAGAGGAGAGAGAGGAGUCCUGGAACUUCAUAGACCUCAUGGCCGACUACAGGAGGAUGGGAGUCCCCAAUAACCUCUGGGUCGCUACUGCAGCCAACAGCGAAUACAGGGUGUGUGAUACGUACCCGUCAGAGCUGUUUGUUCCAAAGUCAGCCACGCCGGCCAUCAUUGUGGGCAGCUCCAGGUUCAGGAGUCGAGGACGCUUCCCUGCUCUGUCCUACUUCCACCAGGACACACUGGCAGCAGUGUGUCGGUGCAGUCAGCCUCUGUCAGGGUUCAGUGGGCGCUGCCAGGAGGACGAGCUGAUGCUGCAGACUGUGAUGAAAUCCAACCCUGGUAGUGAUUACAUCUAUGUGGUGGACACGAGGCCCAAGUUGAAUGCCAUGGCUAAUCGAGCAGCAGGUAAAGGUUAUGAGAGUGAGGACCAUUACACCAACAUCAAGCUGCAGUUCAUUGGCAUCGAAAACAUUCACGUGAUGAGGAGCAGCCAGCAAAAAAUCAUAGAUGUGGGCGAGCUGCGGUCCCCGUCCAUGACUGACUUCCUGUGGGGUUUGGAGAACUCUGGUUGGCUCAAACAUAUCAAAGCUGUGCUGGAUGCCGGGGUCUUCAUAGCCAGGGCGGUGGCAGAUGAGGGGGUCAGUGUGUUGGUUCAUUGUUCAGAUGGGUGGGACAGGACGGCCCAGGCCUGCUCUGUUGCCAGUGUGCUGCUGGACCCAUUCUACAGAACAAUUAAAGGACUUAUGGUGCUCAUAGAGCGAGAUUGGGUUUCCUUCGGGCACAAGUUUUCACACAGGUACGGCCAUCUGGAUGGGGACCCUAAAGAAGUGUCUCCGGUCAUCGACCAGUUCCUGGAGUGUGUGUGGCAGCUGUCGGAGCAGUUCCCAUGUGCCUUCGAGUUCAACGAGCGCUUCCUCAUCGCCAUACACACACACGUGUACUCCUGUCAGUACGGGACCUUCCUGGGCAACUGCCAGAAGGAACGCAGGGAUAUGAAGCUGCGGGAGCGGAGUCACUCUGUGUGGAGUCAGCUGUGGAAGGACAGAGCUGAGUACACCAACCCUCUGUACAAGGCUGAGCAGAGCCAGAGCCAGGGCGUCCUGAGACCCAACACCACCCCCUACUGCUUCAAAAUGUGGAAGGGUCUGUACAACCACGUCGAGAAGUCGGCCACUCCUCGCCAGUCGCCCGCCGACUUCCUGUCCGCCGUGAGGGAGGAGUCCCAGCAGCUGGAGGAGGAGCUGACCAAUCACCAGGAGAGGAUAGCAGCCCUGACCGGGAAGCCAAUCACGUGGGAGAAGAUCACGGUUCCGAGGAGGAGGACUAGCCAGCUGCGUCCCAGGUACUGCGGGCCGGACCCGCCCACCACUUACACGUACCCGAUCACCAGCCCCGCACAGGACUACGGUCUCGCCCUCGCCGCCGCGUCGGCCAGUCAGAAGGCGGCGACGGACGACCCUGCUCUCACCCUGCCUUUAGGACCGCCUGUCCAGGUCAAAGGUCACGACCCCGAUGACCUCUCCACUUGCAGCGACCUGGAGUCGGGUGUGGCCGACCUCAGCAGCCGCUCGUCUAGCGGCGGGGACGACAGCAAGGACCCCGACCCCGAAGAGGCCGUCCUCACCACCGCCUGACUGCAGACGGAGCCCCGCCCCCUGGCCCGAGGACCUGAGGGAGGCCGGCAGAGGAAACACACCCACUCACAUUCCCAAAAGCGACGGUGACUCUGAGACAAACAUGGAGGGGACGUGAAAGCACACCGCAGAUUUAAAGACUCACGGACUGAUUGAUUUCCCAGUGGAGUGGCAGUUGGAUUUUAACACGUUUUCCAGAAGUUUCCUGGCACACACUCGUCUUCAUCGCAGGACAACUGUAGUUCGUCUCUUCCCUCGGUCUAAAGGGAGUUUUAGUAUUUUAGUGAGGAACCCGACUGUGUUUUGCCUUUUGAGGAGGCAAAAGAAGCAUGCAGCUGCUGGAAUACUUCCUGUGUCUUUACCUUACAUUUUAUAUUUUGUAUUGUUUUUUUUUGUUGUUGUUUUUGUAUUUGGAGUUUUUGUUGCACAAAGCCAAAUGGGCUGCAUUUUAUAGUGGAUGCGUUUUUGUUUGUUUGUGUGUUUUGUUUUGUUUUUGUUUGUUUUUUUAAGUUUGGCUCAAUUAGUUUGUGGUCUGUCCUGUGGAGGAAAAACAAGGUGGACAAGUGUCACAUGGAGCCUGACAGAAGUGACGCACAGCACAGAUACAAUGACAAUCUGAUGUUUUUUUUUUUUUUGGCUUACAUUUUGUUUUACAUUUUUAGUCACUGCAUGCAUCUCAGUGGCUGAGUUUUAGCCAAGCAAAUCUUAAAUGGAUGUUUGAGAUAUUGAGAUAUGAGCAGGCCUCCCAAAUUUACAUUUUCAACUAGACCAUAAACACACAUCCAUCAGAAAAGAAAAGUCUGUAUGAUAUGUCAUUAUUUAUUUUGAAGCAAAAAACUUCUGCAGCAUUGUGGAAGAUUUAUGGAUAUUGCCACUGAAUCUUUUUUAAUUCUAUAGAUUAUGUUUUGCACAAAAGGUAGAGGAUGGAAGCCACUACUCAGAACGAUGAUGAUGCUGUCCAGUCCUAGUUUUUCCUCCCAGGUCUUCAGUUGAUUCAAGACGAGGGGGUAGCUCAGAGCUUCAAGCCAGAGGGAAAAAACACACACAGCGGUGAAGCAAACAGCUCUCAGUUGUCUUGAACGCACUUUAUUUGAUACAUCUUUACACCAGUGAGCAGCUCGCUUCACUGUAAUGGAGAGAGUUUACACCGAAAACUGAUAAAUGAAAACAUACCUCCUGGUUUUUUCCUCGUGGCGUUGAGCUGCUUUUCCACAGCGCGGCCAGUAAAACCAAAUCAUGAUGUUCACAACGGGGAAUUAAAAGCACUGGCCACCAAUUUGACACUACAGCCCAGCAAGAAAAUCAGUAGAAACUGAGCAAGAGUAAAAGAAGGUCACUUUCAGCACCCAAACUUUAAUCUCUGAGGAAAUGUGACCACAGAGCUGCUGCUAAAGAAAUUUUUAAAUGUUGUAUCAUGUAGUCUGAACACUGGGAAGCCCACGAGCCUGCAGCCUGAAGCAGAGCCGGAAAUGUGAGUCGACCAGGCUGGCACAGUCGCCGCACCGGCCAGAAUAUGAAUGGGAGCAGAGCAGAUGAUGUAGAGGUGACAGUCUAAUAAUCCUUGCUAAUCCAGUGCUCAGAAUCCCCGCUUCCUCUCUGAGCUGAACUUCAAUGAAGCCUUGUUCUCGGCUGCAUCUAGUCUUAAACCUCGUUUUCUCUCGUAACUUAUCCUCGUCGUUUCCCAAGCCAUAUCUCUCUGUAAAACAAAACCCUCCACUGAGGGGUCUUGGACCGUUUUUAAACUUCAGUCACUCACACCACCAUUUUGUUUUCAGGAGUUACAGAAUAUUGGCAAACGUUUUUAUUAAGUAGAUUCCCAUCGGUAUGUCAGACAGAGAAAAAAGAAUAAAUUUGUUUUACAGUCUGACUGCAGUGUUUUAACAGAGGCCAAUCAGCUGAGGCGGUGUGGAGUUUUGGUCGUCUUGUUUCAGAAAUUAACCCGAGCAAAAUGUGAACAAAUGUAUUCCUGUUUACAGUGAGGCUAAAAUCUUCUUUUUGUGUGUGUGUGUGUGUGUGUGUGUGUGCAAUACAUUGUUUCCAAAGCCAUUUAGGUUUUCUUUCAUGUUUCAGUGUGCUGUGCUACAUUUGAAAAGGGCCUCAUGUACUCAGUUUUCUACACUGGUGAAAAUCCAGCUGAAUUCUACAGACGGGGAAGCAUUUGGCUCCAGUCCUGUGCAGUUUAGCAGAGGAGUCCCAUCACUGCACCGACUGAUCCCUGUCCAACAUGAACGGUGUGUCCUCUCAGGUGGCCUUUAACAUUCCCAUUCCCAGUCUGAUGAAUUCAGAGAAACAGUGGCUCCAUAUAAACUGAAAUGUGUUUUCGUUCCAACGCUUCAGUUCGUUUCACACUGUUUGAAGGAACCAGUCUCAGUCUAGAUGAGUCUAGACUUUUUAACAAGCACAUGCGGUGUUUGGCGGCGUGGCGUGAGAGCUGACCGCUGUCACGCUGUGAGGACUCAGAGCCUCUGAACAAACAUCAGCCUUGACAGAUAAACUGAUGAACAGCCACACAGUUUGGUGCGUUCUGGCUGCAGGUGGAAAGUUAGUCAGCUCCACCUGACGCCUCGGCAAGUCACCAGCCGCUGUGCAGAGUGCACUCUGUCUUCGGCCGAUCAGUAAAAUAAUUCAGGUGGGAGUGUAUUUUGGACUUUACUAAUUUACACUAUGGCUUGGAGACUUUUUUCCAAGUUGUGUUCAGUAGAAGUCCAAUAAGCCACUGGAGUGUUUAGUUCCUGCCUGGACACACGCCCUCCCUGUGACUGGUUGAAAAAGAACCAGGAUUUUAAUUCUCUCAGACCAAAUCAGAUGUAAUGUGCACAUCUGGCACGCGAAACACAGAGUGCAGGCAAAUCACUGCUGACGAGUUUCAUCUCACCAUCGAUAUUAAGGUUCAUUAUAGAGAUGACAUCUUUGAUGGACAGGUUAUUUAUGAUAACAUUACAUCUUUUAACACUCAGCUGGGAUGAUUUGUGUGAGUCGAAGCAGGCAGGAAUCCAACUGUUGGCACAGGUUUUUACACGCGGCCCCAUUUUGAAGAAGAAAAAAGCAGGGGGUGGGAGUCAUUUAGUUUCUAGUCAUUCCUGUUGCCCACAGUGGAUGUUGGGAACAAUGUGCAGAUGUACAAUUUUGCCUUCUUUUUAUUUCCAUUGUUCUAACCAACUGCCCGCUUCACGAGUGGAUGAACUUUAUCGAUGCACUGAAUUUGAAAAACUGGGAUGUUUGAUACCUCUUGCAGGUUCGCUGAUGUUAAAAAACAAACAAACAAACAAAAAAAAACAAGCUGACAAAUUCAAGUAUCCCAGUGUGAGGCUGAGAGGGCGACGGCCUCUCCCUCUGACCUGAUAUCUGUCACUGUAGCCUGUGGUGUGUAUGUGCUCUGUAUCCAUUGAUGUAAAUGAACUAUCAAUAAAUGCACUGUUAAAGGGAAACAACA